GAGAUACGCUAGAUAUAAUUACGGAUUUUAGCUUCCCUUUCCAUAUAGGUUAGCCUAGCGCGAAUCAUUUGAGCCACCUUGAAAGAAGGUUGCUCGAAGGGCGCGAGAGGUCACGCGCGUCAGCAGACGACGCAAUCGACAGACGAAAUAACCUACGUAGUAGAAUUAUGUUUCUGAGACACGUUUGAUACGAGAGCGCGUGGUCGUGAGUUUUCCUUCUCUUUUUAUAUAUAUAUAUAUAUACUGAUUGGAAACUCUGCUGUGGGAUCCUCUUGCCGUUGGAGUCUCUCGUUGAUUAUCCCGCGUUUACACUCGAUCGCUUUAUUCACGGGACGCCAAGAAUAGAAGCGCGUGUAACGCGAGCCGAUUCCCAAUAUAGUGCUUUCUCGACUCCGACUAUUUUCGGCCAACUACACGAGCAACGUGUUUCUCCUCGUUUCCUUGGCGUUCUAUGCUUUAUGCUGAGAGAUCUGCUGCCUGUGGAAUACAACGUUUCUGGAAGUUAUUUCGCACUUGGAAUUUCCCAGUGUCUUAACCGGUUCUUGGAACUUCGCUGUGAAUACUUGGGAUUUACGUGAUUUAAAACAUUAAAUAUGUUUGCUAUGUUGAAAUUAUGAAUAAUCAGAGUAUUUUCUGUCCUAUGUAUGAAAAGACUUUUGUAGAAUCUAUCAAUGCUUUUCCUGUAUCGAAGAAAUUGUGAUAGGCUUAAAUAGUAAUGUUGGUACGACACUAACGCUGGUGUUGAGAAAAAUAAACAACUGAGAGAUGUUGUUUACUUAAAACCACUUUGCAAAGCUGGGAAAUUUCUUUAUUGUAUGUCUUUUGUAUCAGAAGUGCAUUAACGAAGAAAAAAAGCAGAUGUAUGAUAGCGUUGGAAGGGCUUUACCAGCAUUUUGACUCAUUUCAUCCAUUCAGCUAUCUAGCACUAAGAGGAUACACAUUACUUGGGUGCGCAGUGCUUCACUGUGUCUGAAGUUAUUUUUGUACUUCUGAGAGAGUGUGUCAAAGGGCAAGGCUAGUACAGAGCAGUCUGCUUUGGGAGGAAUGCCAGUUGGCUUUGAGCAGCGGUGUGUGCAAGGCAUACCAUUGAAUGAAAUAUCACUAAGUAUUGUGUAUUUCUGUCGAUUGCAUUAAUUUAAAACUUAAUCAGCAAGAAUCAGUUUCCUCAGCAAGAGCAAGUUUAAAGUUUGUAAAGAAGAAAGUGUAAUACUGAUUGAACUUUGUUAACGUUUUUUACCUGCAUAUUGAAACUAUCACAAUGAGUAUACCAGAGGGAGUGAAGAAAUGUGUUGCCAUUUUAAAAAUGGUAAGCAGCGAUUCAGAAAAAUUUGCUGCUUUAUUUAUGGUUACAAAAUUGGUUGAUGGAAAAGAUUGUACCCCAGCUGCAAAGAAACUACUUUUCGAAGCAAUUGGUGCUAAGUUUCUGAGAAAACUUCUGUCCAAUGAUGACGUUCCUGUGGAUUGUCCACCUCAAGUUUAUAAAUCAGUGGCGCUAUCAAUUUUAUCAGCUUUUUGUGGGGAUCCCGAAUUGGCCGCUCAUCCAGACAUGGUCGGACACGUACCUGCACUCCUUGAAAUUGUUUCGCAAGUUGAUGAAGAUGCUCCUGAUGAUAUGCUAAUCAUCGUGAGCGAGGCUUACACCUGUUUGCAAAAUAUUGCGCAAUAUCCACCAGGACAAAAAGCUUUAUUGGAGCAAAAGGCAAUUCCUAAAAUGUGUGAAAUUUACUCAGAAAUGAGUUUCCAGACCGAUGAGGCCCUGAACAUUUUGGUAACUCUUGUAGGAAGGUUUGGUCCUGAUGCUUGGGACGCCACAGACACUGCACCUUUCCAUGCCAUCAUAAACAAAAUUGCCCUGGACUUUGAGACGGAUCAUACAGAGAGAAAAUUUGAGCUUUGCUCAAUUCUGCAGGCUCUUUUAUUUUCCUGUAGAAGAGACGCUAUUUCCUCAACGGCAAAGGAGGAAUCCUGGCCACAAAGUAUUUACAAAGCUUUGAAUGAUAUUCUUGGUUCAAAAAUUGGAAAGAACCAACGAGAUCCUGCACUCAAACUUGCAUCUGUCAUGUUGGAUAUUCUUGGAGUUGAGUGGGCUUUAGCCGAUGAAGAGAAACCAAAGGUAUUUUUCCUCUUGCUGAUACAAUUAGCUUCCAUAGAAGUCAGAAUGCAACUUGAGGGAAAGCAGCUGAAAACUGUGAUGGGAAAUGCCGAGCUAGUAACAGCAUGCUUUAUAAUCUUGGAAAUAUCACUUUCAUACAUCACCACUGAUCAACUGGAUCUGGAGCAGAAGGAGAAGCAGUCUCUGUACACUGCGUUGAAGGGUGCAUUUGCUGCUGUGAUUGGACUUCUCACAUCUGUAUCUAAAAUGAAGGAAUUGACUGACAUUAAGGAACGUAUUUUUGUGUGCGCAAUGGUUCGCGUUCUUGCUGCCUGGUUGGCUCAGGAAACGUCUGCCAUGAGACCUCAAGUAUAUGCAGUCCUACCAUUUAUGUUAACUGUAGCUAACGAUACGUUCUACGCCUGUCGCAAUAGAAAGCUUGCUGAAAAAGCUAGGGCAGCAGCUAAACCUGGAGAAGGUUCAUCGUCUGACGAACCUGUAACUCACGAUCCCCUGAGUCAAAUCGAUGUCCUGAGAUUGUUGCUACCGGCUCUUUGCUAUUUAGCUGUCGAAGAAGACGCAAGAAAAAUUCUACUGAAGCAUAAGCAGGAUGAAGUUCUUUUCGAAUGUUUCUCCUAUCACUGGACUAUUGUUCAUUAUAAGAAACCACCUGUACCGAGAUCAGAACGUCUCAAGGCAUUAAAAGAACCGGAAAAGGAACUGGAGCCACAUGUCCUGGAUGAAAUGAAGGAUUCAAGGGCUGCUAUGGUCUCCAUUUGCAACGUACUGAUGAACAUCACCGUCUUGGAAUCUAAAUUAGUCGAGGAAUCACCCACGUUCAUUUCUCUCCUAAAAUUCAUUUUCAACAAUCUUCCAGAACUCAAGCAGAUUCCUGAGAAUCUAGUGCUUCACGGACACCUGGCUGUUCUUGGUCUCCUAUUAUUGAAGCAGCAAGCUAAACGCGUAAAGAAGAAUGAUUUUUCAAUCUGCCGUUAUAUUCAAGCAACAAUAAGGUUCCUCUGGGAUGCUUACAUCAUCGAUGAGAGCAACGACCCUACCGUGUUAGUCGUCGCCAUGGCCUAUAAGGAACACUGGAUGGAGAUCAUGGAACUCUGGUUUCUCGGGAUGCAGACGAUGGCAGGAGUUCUGCAGAUGGUACCUUGGCUAUCGGAAUUCGCUAUCGAAUCCGGCUGGGCUGAAGGAAUCAUAGAGUCUCUUAAGAAAGUCAAAGUGGGCAGUCUACAGCCUAACGUGAAGUCAGCCUUUGAAGAUUUGCUUUGCCACUUGGUGAAGGCUGAUGAAAGCGUCGCUGGAGUCUUGAAGAAGUGCGGUGCCCUGGCCGUUUGCAGGAAUCAUCGUAUGAUGGAAUUGGGAAAGCAUCUCUUUGGUGAUUAAAGCAAAUCGCGCGUUGUGAUUGUCCACAGUUUUCAAUAAUGUAAAAUACAAUCCUUUUUGUUACACGUAAUUAAGAGAAAGAAAGAGAGAGAGAGAGUGAGAGAGAGAAAGAGACAUGUCAAAUAGAGUGCUUUUUGUACAAUCGCAAUCGUCAAAAAUAACAGAUACGAUAUAUAUUUAUCUUCAAUUGCAUACACUAUCAAAUUAGAAUGAACGCCCUAUUGUAUCAGACUUUAUUUAAAGGUUUUUUAUUUAUAAAAUCAAAAGUGUUAUUAUCUACUCGGGCGCGUGUUAACUCUAAUGUCUUUACUAAAUCACAUACAGGUAUGACUAUAAUUCGAAGCGUUCAAGCUACGUUCCAUCCAACUGCAGAAGUCCUGAAGAGAAGUCAAGUUGGACGCGUUUCAGAUUUACUGCGAGUAUAACGUACGUCAGGCAUUGCACUGGCCCGACGUAUAUUUAGACAGUGUCACUCCUGAAAAUAGUCGCCUGCUGGUGGAAACUUUGAAAUAUUAUUUACUAUCUACAAGGAUAACGGAUCUUAGCCCACCGUCUCUGAUUCCACGUUUAUAUAUAGCGUUCUACUUAGAUUUCACUUCAUUAUGCAGCUGUGCUUCGAUCUCAUGAAAUUGGCAAUUGCCGACUGGCUGACGCGGCCAUUUUUCUUUGUCCGUUGCCGCUAGUGAACGACGCUAGUCAACUAUAAAUAUAUAGAACUUAUGUAAAAUCGAGGACAGCGUGGGAAGCCGUUUCCUUUACGAUGGAAAUUUUCUCUAACAUUAUCUUUCUGGUUUUUCUUUUCCAUUUCACACAUAUUUUCAACUUUUUUUUUAUUCCUUUGCCCAGUUCUCAUCGACUGGCCGCCAUCUUAGCAUCGAAGUUUUGUUUCUGAUGAUUUCGCGGUUUUAUAUUUCUUGUGUGAGAGACUGACGCCUUUGCGGCUGUGUUAUUCCUCUUAUAAAUUGAUCGAAUGCGAUUACGAUUAAUUAGACAGACGAUAAUUCUUUAUUAUCCGUUUACUCUCCUUUACUAUGAUCAAUUAUUCGUGCUAUACGUAUAAUAAUGUAUUAAUCUUAAGCGGGGCGUUCUUCUAUUGUGAAAAAAGGUAACAUAGCUGUCUCGCUUUGCUGUUAUGAAUUUGUAUUUGAAAGGAGAUUUUUCAAUUAAACACAAGAAUAAUUUUCUAA